AUGAUCCUGUACCCAGACCUGCCCUGUGACCCCGACGUGUGUGCCAAGAGCUGCGUCAAGGGAUUGAACAACGGCAACGGCACCUGCGUGAGGCCGCUUGGAUGUGAUUGCGUGUUCUGCGUGCCAACAGCCGGCCAAGCUGCACGUAUACAGUACAGCUUCUUCUAUAAAACCCACUGCUGGUCUGCAUAUAUGUCACCAUAUCAUAAGCUAGACAGCUACGUAUACACCACCCAUUCACUAUCAACAGCAUUCCUCUCAACGUUCCCUGUAAGAAACCAGCAGGACAGGAGGAUGAGGACUAGACACCUGCUGCUGGUUGCCACUCCCCUCCUCCUGCUCCUGGCAGUAUCCUCAGAUUUGACGGCCAAGGUUUCAGCUCGGUGCCCGGACCCGGAGUCGGUAACACUGUAUCCAGGCAAGCCCUGCAAUCGCCAGCAGUGCAAGACGGACUGCGCCAGCAAGUACCACGGCGGCGUCGGCGUCUGCCUCAACCCCAAAGGAUGUUACUGCGAGUACUGCCUGGAUCGCCCCUCCGCCCACGCGGCCUCGCCACUCCGUCCGCGUCAUGAUUGAAACUGAUGAAGCCGCGCGAGCUAGCAGCGUCGAACAUGUAUCAAUUCAGCUGUUUCUUAGAAUAAACAAAAGCAAACAAUAAGGAAGAGGUAGAUGUCCGUGACGCAGGGCAGCGUAUCUUAUG